GAUCCUUUAACCACGGUCCGGGAGCACUGCGAGCAGACGGAGAAAUGCGUGAAGGCGCGGGAGCGGCUGGGGCUGUGCGACGCGCGGGUGUCCUCCAGGUCCCAGACAGAAGAGCAGUGCACGGAGGAGCUCUUCGACUUCCUGCACGCCAGGGACCACUGUGUUGCUCACAAACUGUUUAAGAGCCUGAAGUGA